UCCUCUUUCUCCUCACCGGACUACUGCUCUCCACGUCACCCUCAACCGCCCGACACUCUUGCCGUGCUCUUCAUCAGUCCUCUCUUUUCGGACUGCAUAACAUAAGUUACUACUCUUUGCCAUUUGAGCAUCCUUCACGGUCACUACCAGUCCUUCUCUGGGAACAACAAGAAGCACCUCAUUUCCAGUCCUCCUAUCGUCAUCGCUGCCCCGGCGGCUACUACUAGCUACUCUUGACACCGCCUCUCUCGACUCGCUUUCUCGCCACCACUUUCAUCAUGGCGCCCCGCAAGCCUCGCUGCAACUUCAAGGAGUGCAAGGAAGCCGCUCAACGCAUCGUCGGAGACUGCAGCUUCUGCAGUGGUCACUACUGCUCUAAGCAUCGCAUGCUGGAGGCUCACGCCUGCACUGGUCUUGAGGACUGCAAGAAGGAGUCCCACGCCCGCAAUGCCGAUAAGCUCAACAGUGAGCGGACUCACGUCAUUAAGGGCGUAUGAGAUCCUUCUCUCCCUGGAGAUCUCACAAUAAUUCUCCCUGCUGUGAUCUUCUUAUCCUUCCUCCUUUCUUUAUUAUUCCGCUGCGUCGCAAACUUCAUACAUAUUAUUAGCGCGGUGUUCCUACUUCCACACUACACACUUAUUGCCGGCAUUAGCAAGUACUGCAUGGCCAGUA